CGCUCACACAAACGCACACGCAGAAUACAUUACAAUACGAUACCACCACAGUGAAGUGGUGUAGUCUUGCACCCCCAUCUCCUCCACUGGUUUUCUAGUACACUGCGCUCCUGCGUUAUCUCUGCAUUCAGACGGGCAUACCGCGACCACCCCAUUGGAUAUUAAUCACCUGUACAAUAUUAUCGCGGUGGCUCAAUACAGAAGAUGUCUAGCUUUUGGAAGUUCGUCGAAUCGCAGUUUACUCUUAAAUACUAAAUUUCCUUAAACGGAAUAUCAUGCUACGGAUUUCAUCUCUGUAAAAGGAUAAUAAUUAAGGAUACACACAUAUAGCAGCUGGCUGUCGAAGUGGUCGAACGGAAUUUCUCCGAACGUGAAUUUUAUGAUAGGCGGGGUCUUUUCAUCGCAACGAGCGAGCUCUUGCAGACGGGUGCCCGUGGCUCGGGUGAAGCUGUCGGUCAAAAAAGCGGUAGUAUAUUUUUUCCGGUUUGUACGUAAACAAUCUCUGACAAGUAAAGUGGAUCGAAUUUCACUAGCAUAGAUAGCCUGUUCCUGAAUUUUUCGAAGCAGUGCUCAUGUUUAUUAUUCUCUGAGUAACUUGUUGAUUAUCGCUUCCAGUUGCCAAAUCAUAACCAAGGAUAUAUGAUUAGUGGGGAGGAAGGGAAAGAGACAGCCCGAAAUCCUGUACGAGAAAAGUAGUAGUGACGAGACCCCUUGACGUGUUGUUCUGUGAAUACACACACAGCUGCAUUGGAAUAUUUAUCAUGGCAAACAUUUGUGGAUUCUUACCCCGAAGUUGUGGUCGAGUCGACUCUAGGACUAUGGCUCGCAUUCUUCUUUUGUCAUUUUAUGCCAUUUUAUUAUUGGAUAGUACUGCAGGAUUUAAUUUUGAUCUGAGAGCACCGUUGAAAUUUGACGGACCGGAUGGAAGCAUGUUCGGUUUCAGUGUAGCGCAGCAUCGAGAUGGAAACACAGAUUGGGCUUUAAUAGGAGCUCCAGAGGCAAAUACUACUCAACCAAGUGUCACCAAAGGGGGCGCCGUCUACAAGUGUCCUGUCGCCCCUCUUAGCGGGCCCAGCGAUUGUGAGCAGAUCCCUUUUGAUACAACUGGUAACAUAAACAAUGUAGACAAAUCUAAUCAGUGGUUUGGGGCAACGGUAGCUAGUGGAGGAGCUAAUGGACAAAUCUUGGCAUGUGCUCCACGUCUUGUAUGGGUUGAGACAGCUUCUGUAACCAUGAGGCAAGAGCGUGAGCCAACGGGAACAUGUUUCGUCGGAGAUUCUGAUUUCACAAACUUUGUGAAUUACUCGCCGUGCCAGAGCACAAACAGAGAAGAUUAUGGAUUUGAUAAAAUCACCCAUUGCCAGGCUGGCUUCAGUGGAAAAAUUCUCAGCGAUAACAGUGCAUUAGUAAUGGGAGCACCUGGAAGCUACUAUUUACAAGGACAAAUUUAUGUUCAGAGUCUAUUGAACAGGAGUGUCGUACAGGCAACGCAAGAAAGUAAUACCGGAACUUAUUCUUUUGAUAACAGUUACAGAGGUUAUUCCCUUGCGUUAGGUGACUUUAACGGAGAUGGAGUACAAGAUUACGUUGUUGGCACCCCAAGAGCAGAAUCUCUAAUGGGACUGGUAGCCAUCUUUGACCAGAACUUGAAUCAGUUCAACCAAGUAAUGGGGACGCAGAUCGUGGCCUACUUUGGAUAUAGUGUAACUGUAGUUGAUAUUAAUAAUGAUACCUAUGACGACCUGUUGGUUGGAGCACCUAUGUACAUGGAUGAUGGACCUGCCAUUCAGAGAUGGGAAGCAGGAGCUGUGUACGUUUACCUCCAGAAUCACGACGUUGGACCUAGGGCUAGUAAUAGACUGAGUCUUAGCAGUACUCUGAUUGGAGGGCAGAUAAGGUCACGCUUUGGCCUCUCGAUUGCUUCAAUUGGUGACUCAAACCAAGAUGGAUUUAAUGAUGUUGCAAUUGGUGCCCCGUAUGAAGGUGACGAUGCUGGAGCUGUGUAUAUCUAUCAUGGAAGUGCAAAUGGACUUAAGUCCACACCAGCACAGGUACUGACCCCAUCCACACUUGGCCAUUCUGGAAUCACAACAUUUGGUUUCUCACUUCAGGGCGGACAAGAUAUGGACAAGAACAAAUAUCCUGAUCUUCUGGUUGGAGCAGAGAGUGCCAACACUGCUGUACUUAUCAGGACUCGACCAGUGGUUUCACUGGAUGCUACACUGAACACUGAGCCAAUUGGAAUCAACCUGGAAAACAAAACAUAUGAGCUUGCAGAUGGAACCAUGGUUACCAGUUUUAUUGCAAUGACCUGUUUCACCUACACUGGAAAUUAUCUUCCUGACCAUAUUGACAUCAGUUAUACCGUGACCGUGGAUUCUGGAAUCAUUGCUAACAGAAGAGCGAUGUUCGUCGACAAUGACAUGAGUGAGAUCACCAAGACCCGGCACCUGGCUGUCAGUACUCAGUUUUGUGACCCUCUACGUGCAUACGUUGGGAAUAGCAUUGAAGACAAGCUUACUCCUAUCAAAGUCACCCUGCAGUAUGACCUAAACAACGAUGAGUCCCUGCUCCAACCACACGAGAUCCUACCCAUUAUCGACAUGGCUACUAUGUCAACACAAACUAAACAGGUAUCCAUUCAGAACAACUGUGUUAAUAACAUCUGUAUCCCUGACUUAGACGUCACCGUCACGCCAAAUCUGCCGAACAUUGUGAUCGGUCAGACGCAAGAGUUGACGUUGGAUGUGUCUCUAAACAAUCGAGGAGAAGAUGCCUUCCAGUCCUCACUGUCUGUCUACUACCCACUAGGUCUUCAGUUUGUACGGCUAGAAAGAAAAGCUAAUAUGGACUUUUCAGUCACAUGCAGUGAGGAUUCAGAGCUUCGUAUUAUUACUUGCGAUACCGGAAACCCAAUGGUGGGCAAAAACAUUCUUGAAUUUGGCCUUACUCUAUCGACCUUCCAAGUCAGCGGGGAUAAAGAUAGCAUAGAAUUUUAUUUCAAGGCUGAAAGUGAGAACAGUGAGGAUCCAAACACACUAGAAAACAAUGAGCUGAAUAUGACAGUACCAGUUACUGUGGAUUGCACACUCAAGUUGCUCAGUGCCUCUUACCCAGAAAUUGUGAUGUAUAGUACACAAGAAGACUACGUUGUUCCACCCUUCCCUGCUAAAAAUGCAUCAGAAGCAGACAUUGGUAUGGAGGUGAUGCAUCUUUAUGAGGUCCGGAAUACUGGGUCGAGCAAUGCUGGUGAGGUUUCGCUGAACAUCCAAUGGCCGCAGAAAAACGAGGAUGGAGAAUACCUCUUCUAUCUCUUAGGAAUCAUGACAGAAGAAGGAGUGACAUGCCAGCUCACUCAGGGAAAGGCCAAUCCAGAGGGAGUCAAGCUUGAGCCAAGCACAAAGGCAAAGCUUUCCAACUCAACAACACAAGUCAGCGGUCGCAAGAGGCGUGAGCCCGAGGUCGCCGAAGCUCUAGCCCAGACAGACAAUGUAAUCUAUUGUGCUUCGGAUUCAUGUGUUCUCAUCAACUGCACGAUAGAUGAGAUCAACGCCUCUAAAAGCAAAGUUGUCCGCAUCCUAGGACGCUUCUGGGAGAGGACAUUCCAACAGGCCGUUAGCGAGUUGACGCCUGUGGUACAAGCAACAAUAGCAUCCAGUGCAUCCGCUGCUGUUAAGACGAUUCCCUACAACAUCCCUCUGCCUAGGGACUUUAGUGACUCAACCAAGGCAUCGACGUUGGUCACGACCGAGGAGUUGGUACCACCGGUGACCCCCAUCGCUUGGUGGAUCAUUGUAGUCUCAGUUCUAGGCGGUAUCAUCUUACUGCUAAUCAUUAUCUUAGGUUUAUGGAAGUGCGGCUUCUUUGAGAGAAAGAAACCAGGGGAAGAGAAGGAAUAUGCACCAGUCGCCUCCGCAGAUAAAGAUGGCCCACCACAGAUGUAUGACGCUCCUGACUGCCUGAUAUUAGCCAGCUAUUAACACCUUCCUAGUUUUAUCUCUUAUUUGAAAUGAUCUUGACCCUUGUUUGUAUGUACUAUGAUAAGAGUAUUUCUUCUUCCUUGUGUGAGAGCAAUUGCUAAAGGUCAAUGAUGCAUCUUUCGUCGCCGUGGUGAUGGAAUCUUGUCCCCCAAAUAUGUCAAUUUUUUUUCAGCGGAUUUGACAGGUAUAACUGCCAUAUCUAUAAAGUGCUUUGAGAUGUGGUUUUGAUGUGUUCAGUGCGACAUCAAAGCGUAAUAAUAAGAUUUAUAAUAUUUUGUUUGUAUGAUGGCAACCCCCGUUUGCAGAGUGAGAGUUAUUUUCAUUCCUGUAUGUUGUUGAGUUGAUGAAUGCCCUAUAAUAGGGCAUUUGAAUUGUGUGGUCCCAUGGUCAGGGCGUAAAACUAUUGAUAUCCUGGUUGCUUAAUAACACGCAUUUCUGCUUUCUCAGCUAUCCAAUUUAAAAAAGAUGCUAUAAGAAAUCAAUAAUAAUCUAGGUCACUACGAGAAUUUAGCAUGAUCUUGCUAGGCAAACUCUCAGUUCUUAACCACAAAAUUAUGAAGAAUUACCAGAAUUGAGCUACAAGAUCUUAUCACCUUAAUUUAGAAAUGGUGCAGAAAUAAAUGUGGAGUUGCCUAUGUUUCCUAAAGUCUCUUUUUGGCCAUUAACUCUGCACACUAAGCUUUCUAACGGCACAGUACCAUAUAUGUGAUGUUUACCGUAGUCAAGCAUUAUAUUAUCUGAGGUUUUACCUUCAAGAUA